AUGUUGCGAUCUUUAAUCACAAAAGCAACCGCACAAAUCAGAUACGACACCUCAUUUUUAAUAAAGAAAAGUGUGGUAUUCGAGAUUCAACGUUCCUUUGUAUCUACCUACAAUGCACAUGUUGCCGGUUUGACAAAUGAACAAAAUGAGUUGCGUGAAAUGGUUCAUAGUUUUUGUCAAAAAGAGCUUGCCCCCCGCGCUGCUAUUAUAGAUAAAGAAAAUUCCUUUCCAAUGGACAUGUGGAAAAAAUUCGGAGGAAUGGGCCUAUUGGGUAUUACCGCUCCUGAACAAUAUGGUGGAUUGAAUUUAGGCUAUCUCGAACAUACAUUAGUCAUGGAGGAAAUAUCACGAGCAUCCGGGUCCGUCGCACUUUCAUAUGGUGCCCAUUCUAACCUUUGUGUUAACCAAAUAGUCCGAAAUGGCAAUGAAGAACAGAAACAAAAAUACCUACCAAAGCUUAUAUCAGGCGAAUAUGUGGGUGCGCUUGCGAUGUCAGAACCUGGUUCUGGAUCCGAUGUAGUAUCGAUGCGCUUGCGUGCUGAGAAAAAAGGUGACAAAUAUGUCCUUAAUGGCAAUAAAAUGUGGAUAACAAACGGUCCUGAUGCAGAUGUUUUAAUUGUAUACGCUAAGACUGAUCCAAAAGCUGGUUCACAUGGUAUCACUGCUUUUUUAGUAGAGAAAGGUUUCAAAGGAUUUUCAACUGCGCAGAAACUUGAUAAACUUGGGAUGCGUGGUUCUAAUACUUGCGAACUUGUUUUCGAAGAUUGUGUGAUACCGUCUACAAAUGUUUUGGGUUCUGAAGGUAAAGGUGUAUAUGUGCUAAUGAGUGGUUUAGACUUGGAAAGACUGGUCCUUUCUGGAGGACCGUUAGGACUUAUGCAAGCAGCUCUCGACAUUGUUAUCCCUUAUGUACAGACUCGCCACCAAUUUGGUAAACCGAUUGCGCAUUUUCAAUUAAUUCAGGCCAAGUUAGCGGACAUUUAUACCAAACUUAAUGCCUCAAGAUCAUAUGUCUACUCUGUUGCUAGAGCUUGUGAUCGAGGUUAUAUUUCAAAUAAAGACUGCGCAGCAGUAAUACUGUAUUCAGCUGAGCGGGCCACCGAAGUUGCAUUAGAUGCAAUCCAAUGUCUUGGAGGGAACGGUUAUAUUAAUGAUUUUGAUACCGGGCGUAUUCUUCGCGAUGCCAAAUUAUACGAAAUUGGUGCAGGGACAAGCGAAAUUCGGCGCCUGUUAAUUGGAAGGUUUGUACAACAAACACCUUAG